UUGUGAGCACGUAGAGCCGCAUCUAUGGGAUGGCACAAAUGUUGACUUUACUCAGAAAAUUUUUCGCUUUUUCGUUUAGUUUAGUUAGCACCGUACAAUUGACAAGAAUAAAAGUUUUGUAGGCACGCACAGGCCCCGAUACAGUGCCCGAGAUAGCGAUAACGACGCGCGUAAUUUUUUUGAAUUUAAACCCGUUGAGUAUCUGUUACAGUUUCCCCCAAGUUAAUACGAGUUUGAAGUAACCGCUGUUAGUCGUAUCUAAUCCGGAAGUAAUUCUGUUGAUAUCGUCGCGAGAAAUUUAAGGAGAACUAUCCCAGGUUUAGGGACAUAUUCGAUACAGAGAGUUGGUUUUUUUGACUAUACCAGACCCAAGGACCCUUGAAAGACACGUCCUAGUCGUUGAGGCGCAGAUUUGAUCCUUUUGAGAAUUGCGUCGCGAAUGUUACCUAAAUGCGCUAUUUGAACGAUUUCUAUAGUUCCGUAUCCGGUUAGAAGGAGUCUUCUCAGAAAGGAGCCACGUUUGAAUACCGUAUGGCCAAUUUAAUGCUCCGAAAGUCCUGCAAGAAUCAUUCACGUAUGCAAAAUUAUGAAGGACAUUUCAUUCGUCAGAAGCAACCAAAAUCAGAUAAAAGUGAAUUUUAUAGAUUUCCACAAAUAUCUAAUGUUAUAAAACUCUGUCUGUGUCGAGAGUGUCGGUUCGUUUUAGACGUCCUGUAAAUUGUUUACUAUUUGUUACUUCGUCCUUCCCUUGUGUGAUCUGGGACGUACCCCGUACGAGGAAGUAUAAAACUCGAAAGCGGAAAUUCAAGUGAUUCUAGACACCCUUCCCGGAAGAAGAGAUCCCAAGUGUUCGUGUGUAGAGUUUUCCGUCCUUAAUUAUCAGGAUCAGGAAGAAGGAAACACUAGACAUACAUGGUUGAAGUGGUUCUAUAAAUUUAAAGUUGGUUCCAAGAUUUGCCAAAAGAAAAGUUUCCAUAAAGUGUGAGAAUAUCUACAGAUUUAUAUCAGAAUUUUUGGAUUACACUCAGAACUAGCCGCAGACAUCAGUCCCAACGUGUAACAGAAGACCAGCCAGCGGAAUCAGGAGAACGAGGCGGGACUACGCUUUCAUAACAUCAAACAGACGGGACAUCUAUAAUCAUUCACAUCACGAUAUAUUAUUCUGGAAUAAUGGAAACGUGUCAAACUUGGUGUAAUAAAAAACAUUGAAUUCAAUAAAAGAGUGUCUAAAUCAAUUGUGCUUCUUAAAAUUGAUAAUAAUAAGAACACUAAAACGAAGAAAAAGAAAAGAAGAAAUUACCAUAGAAUACGUGAAUUUAGAAAGACUAAAAAGCGACGAAAACCGUAUAAAUAUAUACAACAAUUUCCAAAGAAUUUGUUAUUGUUAUAAGAAAAGGAAAUUGACAAUUUUUUUAUUAUUUUUUUAUUUGUUAAAGAUCUAUAUAUGAAUAAUAUUUUGUUUUGUUAUAAAUAUUAUAAAUAUAACCGAUACACGCCUAUAUAUUAAAUAAGAGUUUAAAAAACACAAAAACUUUUAUAAGUGCAUAUUGAGAGUCAUACAUAUAUACAUAUACAUAUUUUUGGCAGCCCAAGUAUCUUUUUAAAAGAAAUUGAAAGUGUUGACACGAAAUAUAUAUAAUUUAUAAAUAUAUACCGAUAUAAUAAAAUAUAAGAUAAAUAUUAAAAUAAAAAUUCAACUGUGAUUUUAAAAUUUAAACGGAAAAUAUAUAAAAACAAAACGGAGUCCUUUUUUGGAAUUUAAAACAACCAAGUGCUUUGAUAAAUUAUAUAAAAAAAAAAAACAAACACAAAACGUAACUCGAGUUUCCUUCAAUUUUCUUUUUCUAAAAUUGAAAUAUAAUAAAACAAGCAAAAUGUUCAACUUAAAUAUUCCAACAACUUCACUGCUCGGCAUUGACGGUAGUAGUCUAUGUACAACACCAAAAACACCAGAAAUAUUAAAUUCAUUAAUGGCAAUGACAAAUCCAUUGGAUAAUUAUACAUUUACCCCAGCAACAACGGCCCAACAGCAACUUCAACAACAAACAAAUGCAACAACAAUAUCACAAAAUGGCAAUCAUCAGAUGAUAUCACAAGAUAGUAACCAUUCCAGCUGUUCGGGGUCACCGCUUGACUCACCAGCCGGUUCAAAUUCAACACCGAGCGUACAACAGACCCGCUCGCAACUCAUCAAAGCCGGUCUCAAGCUAACCAUCCAAAGUAAACGAAAAAUGUCCAGUAGUGAUUCAAGUUCUGGGACGGACCAACCGAACAGUAAAACUUCCCGGAAAACCUGUGAAAGCAGCGGCGAAGAGGAAAUGGAUUCACGAGGUUCAAUCAAACAAAAUGCUGGCCUAACACCGGAAGACGAGGAUCGACGAAGACGACGACGAGAACGCAAUAAGAUUGCAGCUACCAAAUGCCGGAUGAAGAAACGUGAACGUACAAAUAACUUGGUUAAUGAAUCCGAACAGUUGGAAACACAAAACAAUGACCUUAAGUCGACGGUGCGAAAUCUCGAAUUGGAACGAAGGAAAUUAUUCGAUAUGUUACAAUCCCACAGCUCUGCAUGCAUACGACCCGGUGGUUUACAGCUGGAUUUGAAUGCAUGCCAAUCGCCUGCAUAUAAAUACCUCAAUGAAAUAGGACUAGGCGAUGGGCCAUGUGAAACCCAUCAACACCCCGAUCAGCAACAGAGCCAACAACAGCAACGAACGAUAACUGCGAUACCACCAAUGACAACAAUCAAAUAUUCCAGGAACAACCUAAGGCAUCAACCCCAACAUCAACAGACCCUCAGCAACCUACCUAGCAAUGAUCUUCAGCAACAGCAACUGCCAAAUGGAUAUUGUAAACCCUCACCAACAACCCAUGAAAUGGGCUAUCUUAACUCCCCCACACAGGAUAUCUGCAUGCAUUUGCAUGAUAUUACCUCACAACCAACGUCCACCACUCACCAUACCCAACAUCACCAUAUGCAUCAUCAUCAGAUCACCGAUGCCAUCCUGAAUAACGAUUACAUUCCAAAUUGUGAAAAUAGCAAUGGCGGAUCUACGGUUGAUAGUACACCCGAUCAUGUGUUUAAAAGUGAACUGAACGAGGCCCAGUCUCCAUAUACAACAGUUCAAAGUGCCGAUCGUUUUCUAUUCGAAUCGAAUUGCGAUACGUUCGAUAUAAAACAUAGUGUUAGUAAUAGUAUAAAUAAUAACAAUAGCAACACAAUCAAUAACAAUAGUAGCGUGAGUAAUGGUACACAUUUGGAUUUUCAUCAUCAGAUCGCAACAACACCUACUUAUGAUAAUCUUCUGAAUAAAACUGAUUUUCUUACUAACGAUACCGAACUUUUGGCACAAUUGACCGAUGCUACCGAUUCGGAGUUCACAGAUUUGGAUAGUGGUAUAGCGUAUUCCCAUAUUACGAAUGGUGGCUGUUUAGCGUAAGAGGAAUGGAAGGAAUCGAUCAUUUCAUUCCGUUUGUUUAGGUUACCAAAUGAAAGCAGAUGGUUUUGCCGGGUAUCUGCUUUGAUAGUCCUCCCCAACCCCCCACUCUCUUCUUGAAAGUAAUAUAAUAACUUUAAAUAUCAUUUGUAUCGAGUUUCGCAUACCAAGCAAGGAUAAUUGAAUGGUUUUGAGAUUCGAAGAAGUUAGGGGGCGACUAAAACUAUCCCCUAAUGUCUAAUAGUCACUGGAGUCACGAAACCAGCUUAUUGAUCCUUAAUUCUUUUAAUAAUACACUCUAAAUUAGAUUUAGCGGAGAGAUAAGUUAAAUGGAAAGGAUUUACUUUAUAUACUUCCUUGAUACUACUUUAAACUAUUAUGUUAUCUCCCUCUCUCUAUAUAUAUGUAUGAGUGUAUAUUAUAUGUGAAAUUUUAUAUGAUAAGCUUCAUUUUUAAUAAUAAUUUGUAUUUUCACAAAAUGCUACAAUUGAAAUCUUCCUUGUGCAUUCCAAUUUCACAAAGGUGCUAUCGGUUUACAGAUGAGACAAGAUACUUUCAUAAUUGCCGCUAUCUUUCCUAAUUUCUUUUUGUUUCUACCACUUUCAUUCAGUCAAUAAGAAAUUAUACUUUUUUUUUUAAUUAUAAAACAUACAUAAAAUACAACAGCGUACACAUCACUUGUUCAAAAAAAUUCUAAGUUGCUUGAAAAAAUAAAUCAGAUCAUACCUCAGAUUUAUAGUUAUUCCAAACGAGCUGCAACCUUACUUUAAAAGAAAAUUUUCCUCGGAUUAUUCUCAAUGGUAAAAAUAGUAAAAUAGAUUUACCCAACAAAGCCUAAUAUAAAAAAUACUGAUAAAUAGAUAUUUAUCCAUUUUUGGCUCACUGUCGAUGAAAGAAAUACAAUUGUUACGUUUGCAGAUUCAGAAUAAGAUCCUACUACACAUAAUUAGCACUAAAAAAAAAUACAAAAAGGUAUGCAUGGUAUAUCUCUCAAAACUUAUCUCUGAGGAUAAGCUCGAAUUUUUUCCAUUUUUGAGUUCAAAUUUAUGGAUCACCAAAUCAAUAGAUACAGGAAUGCCUAUGCUAUGUCCCUUGAGAGAACUUUUCAUGUGUUGCGCAAUGUAUUUGACAAAUAAGUACUAAUUCUUUUGAUAGUUAUCACUACAAGCUCACAAACAAAAAACAAAACAAGAUUUAAAUUUAUAUUUCAACUUCAGUGCAAGUCACUCUUUUCGAAACAUUAUUAUUUUAGUUACCUCCUCCUACGUUCUUUUGCGUCUAUCUCGUUCAAAUGUCUGAAUGCACGCCCUAAAUUAUAUAACAACCAAUUCAAUUGUACUCGAAAUUGUCGAAAAUGCUUCCUCCUCAAAACUGUUUUCAAACAAAUCAUUCCAAGAAAAUAAAAAACAUCACAAUGCUUCCAAAAACGAGUUUCUGAUUCUAAUUUGAAAAAGAAAAACAGAAAACAGAAAAUUGUAUAUUAUUUAUUAAUAAUCCUGUGAUCUCGGAAAUGUGUUUUCUCUUUAAAGAAAAAAGAAAUGGAAAGAACUAUAUUUUUUUUAGUUUAUUACAUUUAAUACGCUUUUUCUCCUACAUUCGCUGGUCGAAUAAUUUCAAAAAGUAAUAAAAAAAACGAAAUGGUAUUCCCUUCAAGGUGCUUUGGAUGGUUAGAAAUUCUAAUUCUAUAAUAGUUUUUUUAAUAAAUAUACUCAGCCACCUGAAACAGCUUGUGUUAACCCCUUAAGAUAUUAAGGGAAGCUGCGGAAUAAGCAGGAAAAAUUAUCCUGUCGAAGAAGCAGUCGCUGUUCCAAUAAUGUUAUUUUUAUAGUUUUUUUUCCAAUUUUCCGCUAAAUAAUGAUAUAUCCAAAAGACACUAUUUGGCAUUCAAUAUCAGACUUAGAAAUAACCUGAACCAAGCAUCAAUAAUGGGGAAAACCAUAAAUACAAAGCCAAUCCGUCAACAAUACCCAAAUGAAAAAAAAAACAAAAAAUAAGCCACCAUUCGAAUAUGACGAAAAUUUCUUAAAGAUAAAUUAAAAAUUUCAACCUAAAAAAAAUCUAUAAAACUUUAAUUCAGACGAUCAGAAGUAUUUUCCCUUCUCCAAAUCUAAUAUAAAAUAAUCAACGUCUCAAAAUGAAACUCAUUAGCUUUACAGAAACAGUCAUGAGAAAAUAAUGAAAAAAUAAAAAAACUGCACAAAACCAGUGAAUAAAAUAUUGUGAAUAAAAUAAAAAGAGUACCAGUCAUGCAUUCCUUAUAAAUAAAUAAAAAAUUAAGAAAUAAAAUCUAUUUUUCAGUUCUAUUUUGGUAUUUAGAAAAAAAGAUUAAUAUCCGAAAAAACUACUUUCAAAUUUAUAAAAAUAAUUUAAAUAGUCAGAAAUAAAUUAAUGAUGUUUUCUCUUUCAAAAUAUAAUUCAAACGCUUUUCAAAAUGUCUACACUCAAUUUUUAUGAAUAUAAUCAUUUUUUUGCAGAAGAUUAUCAUAUUACAUAUUCAAAUUUCAAAAAUAUCGCCUUAAUUUUUAGUUUCUUUCUUGGAAAUUUUCAUCAAUAUUUAAAAUUUAAAUGGAAAUUUAUAUAAGUUGAGGAAAAAGUGUAUAAUUGAGAAAAAAUGUUUGGCUAUUGUUUUUAAGUUUUAGGUUGUACAUUUAUAUAUAUAUUGAAAAAAAAGGGAAAAUGCCUUUAAAAUUGAAAAAAUGUAUUAAAAUUCUUAUAAAAAUUUGUGAAAAUUUAAAACGAAUAAUAUUUCGUACGUGAUAAAAAAAAAACAACGCGCCUUGUUCAUGAAAAAAGAAGAACAAAAGAGAAUGAUUCAGCAAGAACCAAAAUUAUUAUAACAAAAAAGAAAGGAAUAAUAUCAUAAAAAUUGAGUAAAACAAAUAUGUGAACAUAAAUUCACCUAAAACAUAUAAAUCUUUUUGAAGGCAACACUAAAACAUCGGAAAAAUGUUUUCCAUUUUUUUUUUGUCUAGUUGCCUUCAAUAUUUUUAUAAAGUGAAAUUUCUAAAACUUUUCAUAACAGGUAAUUGUGAAUGCAAAAAAGGAUCUAUUGAAACGGACAUGUUCCAGCACUCAUCCGUUCAAGGGACUCUUCAUUCAAGGUGGGUGCAAAAGUUCUUGUGUAUUUAGGAAAAAAAAAUGCUGACUGACAGUUUCGUCCAGGACAGAGACAACUCAUCAGACGCUGCCUCACCUCUGCCCUGGGAGUAGGGUGACCGAAAGCGGCGACAGAUGGUAAUCGCUCCGAAGUGAAAUCUGUUGUGUGUUCACACCUCCCCCCCCCCCCUCCUGCUCCCAGGGCAGAGGUGAAGCAGCGUCUGAAGAGCUGCCUUUGUCCUGAACAUUGCUCGUAACUUCAUGCAGAUGACAUCCUUGUUUGCUCGGUCGUCCGUAAAUUAUAUCUUACACACGAUUCGGCACGUUGUCUAUAUUCUUCGUUAUCUUAGGUGUGGAUGAUUAGAUCGUCUCUUGUUUAACACACAAUACUAGCGAUAACUCGGCCAAUCCGAGGUAUUCCUUUUUAUUGAAGUCGACUACAAAUGCACCGACAUCCACUUCAGGUAUAAGAUAUCAACCCACUUCCAUUGCUCGAGGAAUGCCUCCCCCCCCACUUGCGGCAAAGCAUACCCAUACUAGCCGAUUAGGAAGAAGUAACCGAAAACACGAAUUUUGUCUGGGUCCUUCCGCAAGCACAUUCUUUCUUACCGGCUUCAUUGGGUCGCAUGGUCCUUGUUUAAGGUAUUUCUAGUCGCAUUCAUUAACGACUGUUUGCUUAUGGAGCUUAACAGAUCCCCACGUCCAUACAAUGCGGCGGUGAGCAGCCAAAACCUGCAUGCUCAAAUUUCCCGAUUCUACCUUGGUAAACCAAUUUUUGAUUUCGUUUUCUGCCCCUACAUCAUAUCCAACUUAUUUCCGGGGGUGAUACUUCUCUGUCUCUCUCCCUGUCUAACACGUCGAGUAAGUAGACAAAGCCUGCAUACCCAAACUGCUCCCUCCCCCAAUUGUGCGUUUGGAUUUUUGCCCCUAUAUCAUAUCCAGCUUUUUUCCAGGGGCGAUACCUCUAUAUUUCAUGCCUUAUUCGUCGACAAGUAGACAUAGCCCCCCCCCCCCCUCCUUGUGCGUUUGCUUUUUUGCCCCUAUACCAUAUCCAGCUUUUUCCUGAACACGCUGGGUCAUGGUUUGCAAUGUAGUAAUUUGCGCGUGUCGAAGGUCCUCCAUGUCAUUGUAAACCUCCUCUUUUACCCCAAAAACUAUUGUCAAUGCUUUUCCUAGCAGGCGCUGUAAAUCUGUCAAAAACGGCUAAAAAAGCUCCUGUUACUAAGCCACUCAUUAGGUCCAACACUUUGAUCUCUAUAAAAAUAAAGACGCAAAAUUUUUCUUUUGAAUUUGAUUUUGGACGAUAUUUUGACUCUCUGGAAUGGGCCGAAAUUGCCCCCACUACAGUGCAAGAAAGGUGGACUUGCUACAAUCUGAGCUGCGGACAGAUCAUCCAUCAACUGUUGGGUUCGUUGGAUCAUACAUUUUAUGCAGAUAAGACGCCGAAGUAUCCAGUCACUUAUUACCUUUUGGCAGCGCAUUUUCAAAAGAUUUCGGUGUGCUAUGACGCUUCCAUAAAGAAUUUUUUUGUCUAGUUCUUGACUGAUUAGCUAGUUCCUCUUGAUCGUCUCGAUUUCUUCAGCAAAUUCUAAAUCUCAUAAUAGUCGCAAGAUCUCUUAUCUACUUGAUCAUAUUCGCAAGCAGCAAUUGGUCCCUUCAAUUGCAAAGAGAAUUUAAUAAAUUAUGCCCCCACAAUAGCGAAUUUCUGCACAUCUAGAUAGCAUUUCGACAGUUCGAAUCCAUUCGGACCCCCUAGAAGUAAGUAACCUACUUCUAUUGACCUUUUUUUCAAAAGCCGCCGUGCCUCUUCCCACCACAAUUGAUGUCUUCAUAAUUCCCUUUGCCUCUGGAACCACAGUCCGCGGGGUUCUCUCAUUUUAUUUGGUCCCACAUUCAGCCAUAUUUGCAGAUCUUCAAUCUAAACCACUUAAUCUUCUACCUCUGCCUAUUCCUUUUUCAUCCAAACCAGAAAAAUCGUCGAGUCAUCCCAGCAUUAUACAAGUGCUUCGUCCAGUUGCAAAGUGAAAAUUUCCAUUUCCACUAGCUCAAACAAAAAUAAUGCACAAUUGAGCUCUGGCCAAGACUUUGUCUUCAAUAGUUCCAACCGGGUUUUCGCACAAAGCAGUGACACCACUACUUGACCAUCUGGCCUGGUAACCUUGCUGUAGAGAACUGCAGCGAAUGCAGCCUCCAAUUCAAACAGUUUCACACAGCUUCCAGCUGCAGAAGUUCAGCCUCGAUCCUUCUCCACAUGUCAUUCUUUCCAAUUUCUGACUCCUAAAUCCUCUAGAUUUACUGGUGCCAACCACGACCACCUAACCUGGUAACCUUGCUGUAGAUACUGUAACGUAUGCAGACUCCAACACAUCGCAGUUCACACAAAAUAGUUGAUUUCAUAACUUGUCAGAGUAACCAAUUCAAAUCGUUGCGCGUAGCUUCCAACUGCAGAAGUUCAGCCUCGAUUCUUCUUCACAAGGUCAGUCUCGUCCGCGAGGAUGUCAUCCCUUUCAAUUUCUGACUCCUAAAUCCUCUGGCUUAUAGUUACUGGUGCCAACCAUGACCAUCUAGCCUGGAAACUUUGCUGUAGAUAACUGUAGCGUAUGCAUGCUCCGACACAUCGCAGAACCCGUGUAGUUCACUUUAAAACUUUUCAGAGUAACCAAUUCAAAGAGUUGCGCGUAGCUUCCAACUGCAGAAGUGCAGCCUCUACAUGGUCAGUCUCUUCCGCGAGGAUGUUAUUCCUUCCAAUGUUCGUCUGCCCAGAGGAUCCAGAGGAAUUGGAUUAGGAGUUUUAGCAUAGAACGGCGACACCACCACUUGACCACUUAGCCUGGUAUAGACUCUAACACAUCGCAGAAUCCAUGUAGAUCACUUCGUGACUUUCAGGGUAGCUAAUCCAAAGAAGUAGCCGCCAAGCUUCCAACUGCGAAAACUAAGCCUCAAUCCUUCUUCACAAAGUCAGUCUCUUCCGCGAGGAUGUCAUUUCUUCCAAUUUCUGACCGCCAAUUCCUCUGGAUUAGAAGUUUUAGCAUAGAGCAGCGACACCACCUUUUGAUCAUCUAGCCUGGUGUCGACUCCAACACAUAGCAGAAUCCAUGUAGAUCACUUCGUGACUUUUGCUUCCAACUGGGAAAGCUAAGCCUCGAUCUUUCUUCACAAGAUCAGUCCCUUCCGCGUGGAUGUCAGUCCUCCCAAAUUUUCAACUGCCGAUUCCCCUGGAUUAGAAUCAUUGGUGCCUAUCAUUGUAGAGGAACGAAAAGUCCAGCAAUAUUCGACAAAGCUUGGCAAGUAAUUGCUUAACUUCUUCUGUGAAUCAUAUUUCACCAACUUCAGGCAGAAAUUGGCUGUGAUCGGGUCUCACAUUAAUCCUAGGGUGGAUACCGUAAAUUCCUCCACCUCCUCGCAUAGCCCCUAUCCCCUCGGAUCCUCUGGGAUCUCGUUUAAUAGCCCCCCAGGUCAUUUCCCACUUUCGCCCCCUUUCAAAAUUGCCUGCCCUCAAAAAUUCCAUCAUUUACCCGAUCAGAACUUUUGCUUCAAUACUGGUCUCGACAAGUUGUUUAUGUAGAACUCUUUUAAAUGUCCACCCCUACAGGACACCUUGGCGGUUCAUCUUCCACCAACUGGUGUAACGAGUUCUAAUGGACAAAUAGUUUCUCCAGUCCUUAGGACCUACCCCUGUUUCGACAUGUCGUCAUUGGUUGGCCCAUACAAGGUACACUGGAAAUUAGCUAUACACAAAUAUGGCUGCAUCUUGACCACUGGAAACUGGAACUGCGAAAUCCUAUUUUCUCCAUUUCCGCAAAGCCUAAGCCCAAUCGUCUUGCAGUUUGGGUCAGUCAAUAUGUAGUUUGUUAUUUAGGCUUACACCAGCCAUUGUCUUGGCAAAAGCGUUAAAAACCGGACCCCAUUUAGUUAUGAAGUUUUGCUUCUUGAUCUCUGAAUUAGGUGAGUGGCACUGUUCCCAGCCUAUUAAGCAGUCGGCGCAGUCGAAAGGAGUACCAUUUUUUUAUCACCAUUGCUUUUCAACAUAGAGAUUUUCCCUUCAUCAAAUCCAACAUUAAUAUCUCUUGCUUAAGAGAUGAACCCUCAUGUUCGGCAUAUUCUAUUUGAAAUUCUACACUUACCCCCAACAGUUAAUAGAAAUCCAACUAUACUUCGAAGGAUAGUAAAAGAGACAGAACCAUAUUGGAACUUCAGCGGUUUCUACCCAAACCACGGAUACCACAUUACUGUUUGCCAUUGGUAAGUCAAGAACUUGUAAGCACUGAUGAAGGGAACAAGUGGUUCCCGAAAUAUCGAUAUUUGGAAGACCAAUAAAUUACACUAGUGAAUAGAAAGCGCUAGAAAUAUCACGAAAUUCUACUUAGACAAGUAUAAAUUUUCUUCUAAAAUCUAGACCCGGAGCGGGACUGCAGCAACCUUUAAUUUAUAAUCCAAACUGACUUUUUGAGUGCUCAACAUAACCUCCCUUAACGCCCACUCCUUUCCCGAAUUCGAAUAAUACAUUGUGACAAAAUGCUUUUAAUCUUCCCUUUCAAUCUGACUUUUCUAAGACCGCAAAUUGACCAGCAUUGAAACCGCAGUCAAAUCCGUUGUUGUUCAAUUUAUCUGUAUACCUAUACCCAGAUGUCCACCUAUGAACCGCAGAUAUACCAGUACACAGGGUCGUAGAAAAAAAAUUCGGACCCAGGGUGAAAAUUAUGCCAGUCUCUUCUUGUCCCUUUUUCUAUACUGAGCCCCGGAGUGGAGUUUUCUCCUGGAAGGUCCCCCGUCACCAAGUCUACCAGUAUGAGACCAUCAAAACCACUUUUUUUUAAAUACGCAAGAAUUUUUGCACUCACCCGUUAGAGUUUUUUCUGUACACGCGAAGUACCCUACCGAAAUUGCAAGGAUAACAACUAUUAAUUUCAAGUUUUCGAUAUCAAUGGAUAAACUUAGAGCUAUUGAGAUUUUCCUGAUUUUUUUUUUUAUUUUUUGGAUUUUUUUAAAUAAGUGGAAAAGUAAAGAAACUGAAUGUGAAUCAUGAAACCAUAAAAACGUAAUCUUUUUAAGUUUUCAUCAUUAAUAUUAUGAAGAGUUUUCAAUUCAGUUCAGUUAAGAUGAAGAGAAGUCCUGAAAUGCUGGAAGCUCCAACAAUCAACCUCACAAUUAUCUGUUCGACUACCAUGUCCUCCACAAUAAACUGACUGAAAAAAAUAAUAUAGAUCUGCAUAAAUAAUAAAUAUGUCAGUCUAUUUAAAAUUGACACUAAAACAAAUCAAAACUUGCUGAAAAAUUUUCAUUCAGCCAAUUAAUUGCAGCUAAACUCAAAAGACAAAAGCGUAUCGACAUUAAAUACGAAAAUGACAAAUAAAGUAGAAUAGAAAACUAAAAAUUAAUUACUCGAAAAUCAAUAAAAUCAUGUGCUUUACAAGAAAAAAAACAAUAACUUUGCUGACAAUAUCUAUCACAAUUUCUUUUGCGCUAUAGAUGUAACGGAAACUUGCAUAAAUUAGAUUUAAAAGAAAAAAAAUGCAUAAGAAUCAAAACUAAAAUACUAAAAUAAUUGAAAAGAAUAAAUAAAUAUAAUAAAAAAGCAACCAACAAAAUGCCUUCCUAUUUUAACUAAUAGGCUUAGUGUGCAUAAUGUUACCUCAUUUUUUUUUUUAUUAUCACUAUGACUAGAAGCAAAUAGUCAUAAAAUAUUAUUACAUUCUAAAAGCUAUGAUAUAAUUGGAGAUGAAAACUACAACAUAAAAAGCGACCAUUACUUAAAAUUAUCUAAAAAAGCAAAGUCGAAACACCUUUGGGUACAAAAGCCGCUUAUGAUGACAAUUUAAAAUAAAAUAAAAAUAAAUAUAAAUAAUAAAUUUUUAAUUAAUCAAAAUUUAGAUUUAAAUCGGAACAAGUGCCAGGAGUCAAAACGAGCUAUUUUUGAAUUAAAAUUAUUCAGUCAUCGAAUUCAUUAAAUUACAAUAAUAUUUGUGAAUAUUAUAAAUGUUGCUAUUUUUCGAUCCUAUUGAAUAAAGUAAAAAAAUGUUAAUUUUUUGUUGCAAAUAUACAAGUCUAGAUGUAAAAAAAAAGUGGAUAUAAAACUCGGUGAUAGUAAAUACAAAAAAAUAAUGCCUUAAAUGUUACCCGUACCCAAAAAAAUUGUUGUCGCUACUUAGCUACCCAAGUAGUUGUUGCAAUUUGAUGCUAUUACGUGUAAAUGUUACUACAUUCAUCAUAAACUACACAAUUCUGAUAUGUUAAUGUCCAAUAAAUACUGUCGCAUAUUUACAAACUUUUCAAAAAACUAUUUUUAUUCAGCAUUGACAGUUAAAUUUCAAUUCACACUAGUUUAAAUUCACGUCACCUAUUCCAGCUUAUUCUAACCAGACAACGGAUUUAAAAUGGAAUAAUAAAAAUGUUCAUUAUAUUUAUUGAUGAUAUAAUACAACAACGGACUGAAUUUGCUUGAAAUUUAUUUUAUUUUCAGUUGAAAUUUUCGAUAAAUUCAUAUAGAAAUAGUAACAAAGCCUUACAAAUACUACCAGCAACUUGAUGAAAAUUCAAAUCAAAUAAAUAAAAUAAAAUAGCAAGAAAUGAAUAGAAUAAAAUAGGGAGAAAGCAGGAAAUAAAUACAUAAAAUGGUAACACAACAAAAAAGAAAAGUUUUUUUAGUUUUUGACAUGGGCAAAAAUUAUUAAAAGCAUUAAUUAUGAUUUCUUUAUUUUUCUUUGUUUUACCAUUUUAUACAAAUCAAAUAGAAUCAGUUAAACAAAUGAAUUAUAUUUUGAUUUUUCGAUUUUUGUUGAACAUCGAUCUAUUUUGUAAUAUUUUAAAAUCAUAUCAAAUCUAAUCGAGUUAUUGUUUUUUUUUUAUUUACCAUUAACAACGCGCACAUCGUUACGACAUUGUUUUACUUUAUUUGUUUAUUUUUUUUGUUAUAUAACUUUUAAUAAUAUAACAGAGAAAACAAAUAUUACUAAAACCAGCCACAACCAUGUUAAAAUCUCUAAAAACACGAUAUUACAAAGAAAACAAAACGCAAACUACCAGCUUUACAUUAUUUUUCUACAAAAACGUCCAGAAUAGAAUAAAAAAAAAAAUACUUCCAAACAUUUUUCUUCGCUUUAAAAUCAAUCAAAUAAUGUAAAACUUCAAAUAUUUCAUAUAAAACUUCAAUUUCAUAUCCAAAUACAUAAAUCUAUGUAUAUGUCUAUGAAAACACAAUAAGUGCCCAAAAAUUUUUUGAAUAAAUCCAAAAUAAAAUGCGCUAUAUUAUAACUACUACAACAACUACCAUUACUCCUACGAAAAAAAAAAACAAACAAAAAUUAUAAAAUUCACUAAAUGUUUUAUAUUUAUUUAUUUAAUGUAUAUUUCUUGUAAAAAAAAAACAAAAAAACAGAAUUGUAUGAAAAAGAAGAAGAAAAAAAACAACAUAUUUUUCUGUUUCGAAGAUAUUUUGAUGAGAAAGAAAAUGAAAGGUGUGAUGCUAAAAAUGAAAACAUACAACUUCAACAAUGUACACAAAUACACAACACAUGAGAAUAAAUACAUCUACCAUGUACCUGUUA